AUGAAUGGGCAGUUUGGAUCCAAGGCAAAUGUCGUUGAGACGACUAAGGCCAAAGGGAUUAAAAAGCGGAAGAUUGAUAAGAAUGUCAACUCCAAGAAAUUCAAGGGGAAUUGCUACGUUUGUGGCAAGGCUGGACAUCUGGCGAAGGAUUGCUACCAUCGCAAGGAAGCUGAAGUAGAAGAUGGGGAGUCUGAGUUCGUAGCAGUUGUGUCAGAAGUGAACAUGGUCGGAGAUAAUCCGAGAGAAUGGUGGAUUGACACUGGAGCAACCCGCCACAUUUAUGCUAACAAAUGGAUGUUCACCACCUAUGACACUGUCACCGGAGAAAGUUGCUAUAUGGGAAAAUCUGCUGCAUCCAAAGUGGAGGGCAAAGGUUCAGUCAUUUUGAAGAUGACAUCUGGAAAGAAGCUGACACUUACUGAGGUUCUUCAUGUGCCAGACAUUCGUAAGAACCUGCUCUCUGGGUCUGUGAUGUCAAAGAAAGGCUUUAAGCUAGUUUUUGAGUCUGAGAGAGUUGUAGUGUCAAAAGAUGGUGUGUAUCUAGGUAGAGGUUAUCUAGCAAAUGGUUUAAUGGCUGUCUUCAAUCCUGUUCUUGAUUUGUUAACUGGUGACGAAAAGUUCAAUUAUCAGCUCCUCCCAGUUUGCCAGUUCCGGAACGUCAUGAAGGCAAUAUAUGAACAGUUUGACGAAGAUGAAUUACAAAAAAGAAACAUGAGUUGUGAUUUGUAUUUGCCGGGAAGCCUCUCCGGUUCUCCUUGGAAGAAUUUGCUACUGUCACUGGUUUGCGGUGCCACAAAUACUGAUGAAGUGCCAAAUGAUUAUGGUACCAGGGCAUUUUCUGAUAUGUGUAAAAGUGGUGACAUGAAGCUGUCUACCGAGAAUCUGACUAAAGCAGCCCUGCCGCAUUUGAAAGGAUAUACUGCAUUAGACCGAGAAAAGCUGGUUAACCUGAUAUUGAUUGGCGGGAUUUUGAUGGGAUUGGAUAGAAGAACCGCUAUACCCGAUUACCUUGUCAAGAUUGCUUGCAACGUGGUGGUAUGUAGACAUUAUCCAUGGGGCAGAAUUGCAUUUGAUUUCUUGGUGAAAUCAAUAAAUACAGUAACAGAUCAUAUCAAGAAUCCGAAGGGAAACUACAUCUGCAAAGGAUUCCUCCCUGCAAUUCAGUAUUGGGCGAUGUCUGCUAUCCCGACGCUUGGAAUGUCAAUAUCAAAGAAACACGAUCCUGAAAAACCUGUGUACUUACGAUGGUCUAAUUUUAAUCACACAUCUAUGAAGACGAUGAGGGAUGCAGAAUCAAUGGCCGCCGAGAAUGACCAUCUCAUCCAUUGGCAUCUUCUGAGUGGACAACAAAUCGAAAGUUACGAUGAUGAAGUCGAGGACCCUAUUGUCUCUAGUAUUUUGCGACUUAUCAAAGAAGAACAUCGAUUUUCUGUCGGGGAUUGGGGUGUCACUGAAAGGAAAAAGACUGAGGUGGUUAAGGAAAAUAACAAGAAGUUGAAAUCAGAGAAGACAAUGAAGGAGCAGAAAAAUGAGAAGGGAGCGACGGAGAAGACUAAGGGAGACACACCAGUGAUCAUUGAGGGUCCCCUUAAUGAGGAGAAGACGAACCAAGAGGAGAAAGAUGGGGUGAAUGUCGUGUCGUUAAUUCAGGAAAUGAGUGACAGGAUCGUGUCUUUAGAAUCAAGACUUAUGACUGUGGUAAAUGGGGUGAUUUCUAUGGACAAUAGGCUUAUGUCGUUGGAAAGACAUAUUCAGAUUCUAAUAUCUCGUUCUGAUCCUUCAUUGAGUGCAUUCUGUGAGACACGCCCGAGAAAGAGGCCACGUCGAACCUCUGGUUCUUCUUCUAUUGAUGACGAGGGGAAGAGGAUGAAGGGGAAGGGGAAGAGGAAGGAGUUGGAGGACGGCAGAAACAAGAAAGAAGAGGAGAAGAAGAAGGAAGAGGAGAAGGAGGACAAAAACAAGGGGAAAGAAGAUAUUCAGAUGGGAGGGGAGAAGCAGUGGGAGGACCAGGCGAUGUCUCACAAUCCACUUUAUUAUACGACCGAGGAAGACCGCCAAAGACUUCAUGAUUAUGAGAAUAGGUGUGCGGGAUAUUGGGUUUUGCUCGAUACACCAUUUCCUGUCUUUCCGAAAUUUUACGAAGAAAUGUAUAAGACCGAUUCUCAGCUGUCCAAUGCUCACAUCGAUGCAUACCUAGCAUUGCUCAGGAAGAUGUUGAAGACACAACCUGAGCUAUUUCCUAAGACCAAUAUCGCUUUUAUGGAUUUGGAAUUCAAUAAUCGUAUCAAGAAAGUGUAUGAUAAGAUAUGUGAAUCUUCCUGUCUCAAAGGUUCAGAACUACACAGUUGUCUGAAUUCCUACUUCUCAGGCAAUUUCCCAAUUGCAUACGCUACCAGGAAACACUUGGGUGAACUGGAAACGAUCUAUAGUGUCCUUCACGCCGGUGGAGAUCAUUGGAUCACCCUGUGUAUCCAUCCGAGAAGUCGACGUAUUGAGGUUUUGGAUUCUUUGUUUCCUCAGCAACCAGAAGUAUACAUUAAACGUUGGAACAACGUCAAGCAUUUUGCGCUGGUUCUGCCCGUGACGUUCACUCAUCUGUCAAAUCCCUCUGAUCCCCCCGAUUAUAAUCCGUAUGAGAUUAUUCUAAAGACGGAUACUCCGCGGCAGGUUGGUGGGGCUGAUUGCGGUGUAUACGCACUUCAAUUUAUCGAAUGCCAUGCCCUAGGGGUUGAUUUCAGAGGAGGUCGACUGAGCAACGACCACAUAUGGAGGAUACGGUAUUGGAUGUCAAAAAGACUUAUGGAUUUUACUGUUGAAUAUGUGCGUGACACUGACAACCAAAUAGCAAAGGCAGAGAAGGAAGAAAUGUCAAAUUAUGAAGGUUCAGAUUUUGAUAUCAGACCUGAAAAGAAGUUGGAAACCCCUGAUUUUAAUGUUACUGAUAGUUAA